AUGUCGCUCGAACAGUCCUUGCAGCUCUGCACCCAGUGGUUCCAAACAGCCCUGUCGCAUCUCCCUCCCAAUGUCCAGAGCGCCGUGCUGCACCCGCUCGUCCCGAAAGCCCUGACGGCUCUGCUGGCCCUGGGCAUCGCGCGCCACACCAACCGCGCGCUGUCGCGAUGGAGCGCCAACGCCUGGCAAGGCGCCGGCGCCUGGGACAAUGCGCGCGAGCUGGUGCUGAUCACCGGCGGGUGCAGUGGCAUCGGCAAGCAGAUCAUGGAGGAUCUGGCACAGGCCGGCGUGCGCGUUGUGAUUCUGGACAUUAAUGAGCCGAGCUUCCCCUUGCCUGCAAAGGUCGCCUUCUACCGCGCCGACAUCACCUCGUCCGACAACAUCCGCGCCGUGGCCGCGCAGAUCCGCGCCGACCACGGCGACCCCACGGUGCUGGUCAACAACGCGGGCGUCGGCCACGACGGCACGAUCCUCGAAGAGCCCGAGGCCAAGAUCCGCCAGACCUUCGAGGUCAACAUCAUGUCGCAUUUCUGGAUGGUGCGCGAGUUCCUGCCCAGCAUGGUCAAGAACAACCACGGACAUGUCAUCACGGUCGCCAGCAUGGCCAGUUUUGUCGCGCUGGGCGAGAUGGCCGACUACUGCACGUCCAAGGCGGGUGCGCUCGCUUUUCACGAGUCGCUGACGCAGGAGUUGCGGUUGUGGUAUAAUGCGCCCAAGGUGCGGACCAGUGUCAUUCACCCCCUCUGGGUGCGCACCCCCAUGAUCCAGCAGUUGACCGACGCCGGCAAGCACUUCAAGCAGCCCGUGUUGACGCCGCAGAAGGUGUCGGCCGGCGUGGUCAAGCAGAUCCUCACGCAGAGCAGCGGCCAGGUCAUCCUGCCCGAGUACUACCAUGCCGCCAGUCUGCUGCGCGCGUUCCCGACGUGGAUCCAGGAGCAUGUGCGCAAGGUGGCGUCGAUGGAUUUGCGGAGAUUGCGCGAGUGGCAGAAGGCGCAGUGA